CGUGUGGGGGAGCGGCCUGCGCGCCCGAUGGAGGGGUAGUGCUUCUUGUGCUCGGCUCGGUCGCCGGGCCGUGCCCUUGAGCGCCCAUGGCUUCGGCUCUGGAGGGUGCGGUUACGGGCGGGAUUGCGACGGCGGCCCCCGGCAGCACGGUGCGGGAAAUGCUUCAAGGACCAUCAGAAGAUGUGUUUGCAAAGAUGGAAAGUUCAGUUGAAGACAUGGAUACCUCUGAUACCCAGUGGGGCUGGUUUUAUUUAGCUGAAUGUGGUAAAUGGCAUAUGUUUCAGACUGACUCAAACAGUCACUGCUCCAUCAGCAGUGAGGAUAUUGAAAGGAGUUUCCGAACAGACCCCCGUGGAUCUCUGUCUUUUACUACUGCAAAGUUUAACUACACACUGGACUUUUCAGUGAUGAAACAAAUCAACCUAACUACCCUUAAACAACGUCCAAUAAAGCGAGCUCCCUUUGCAAUCAAUUCAUUCAGUUUCAUCUGUGAAAAUGAGGCUAUCCCUGUGCCUUCCCACUGGGAGAAUGUAAAUACUGAGGAGCCAUACCAGCUUAUUCCAUUGCAAAAGAAAACAAAUGAAUAUAAUGAAGUUUCUAGUCUCUUUGGAAAAACAAUGGAUAGCCACCGAAUUAAAAGAAUUAAGAGAAUACAAAAUCUAGACUUGUGGGAGUUUUUUUGCAGGAAAAAAGCUCAACUGAAGAAGAAAAGAGGUGUCCCAACAAUUAAUGAGCAGAUGCUGUUUCAUGGCACCAGUAAUGAAUUUGUAGAAGCAAUAUGUAUUCAUAACUUUGACUGGAGAAUAAAUGGGAUGCAUGCCGCUGUGUAUGGAAAAGGGACCUAUUUUGCAAGAGAUGCAUCAUAUUCCAGCCAUUUCUGCAAAGAGAGUAUGAAGCAUGGAGAUACUUUCCAGAUUCAUGGUGUGAACCUGCAGCCUCAUCUGCACAGACCAGAUAAAGUCAUGUUUCUUGCUCGUGUAUUAACUGGUGACUAUAUUGGUGGUGAUUCAAAAUACAUGAGGCCUCCUUCAAAAGAUGGAAGCUUUGUGAACUUGUAUGACAGCUGUGUGGAUAACACCUGGAACCCAAAGAUCUUUGUCAUCUUCGAUGCCAACCAAAUCUACCCUGAGUACUUAAUAGAAUUUUGUUAAGUUUGAACUGAGUAUUAUUUGUGGUUUUUUGAUAAUUUUGUUCCUUUUGUAAAGACAACAACAUAGAAAUGAUGCAUGAAAGAGAGGUGAAAGAAAAGCUGGCACAUAUUUAUGGAGGAGGGAAGCUAUUAAAUAUUUAAGAGAGACUGGUGAACUGUUUUUAAAAAUCUGUAAACUUUACUAAUGCAUUUUUCAAAUGUAGAGACUUACAAAUCUGAGUUGCUUAGUGAGCCUUAAAUACAUUAAGCAUUGGUAAAUUUUAAAAGGUAAGAUUUAUGUUUUGAUUUUCUAAAGUAUAUUAAAAGUGAUUAGAAAUAUGCCUCUAAUAUAGUAUGCAUAUGAUGAAAUUAAUCUUUUAUAAAGAUUGCCUAUAAAACAAAAUAAGAACAACAACAGCAAAACCCCAGGGGACAUGGCUACAUGUGUGUGUGUGUGUCCGUGUUCUGUAGUACAUGUUACUUGGUUUGGAGGUCUCUUAGUUUGGAUUCUAAACCUAAAAAAAGAAAAAGAAUCUACAGCUCCUCCAUCAAUUUCCUCCAGAUAAAGUUCAGCAAAGCUGUAAGGUUUAACUUUAUGUACAUUUUACUGUAAGCUUCAAUUAUAUACUGGGAAAAUAACAAAGCCCUUGCAGUAGGAUUUGACCUUUGGUUUUGAUGGAAAUGAGGCCCAUAAACUUGUGGUUGUUACUUGUUUGGUAUGUAACUUGGGCUCACUGUUGGGAUAUCAGCAGUGCCAUACGCCUUUCUCAGUUCUUAUCCUAUGGAAAUUUUGCCAUCUCGUUGCAGUAUUCGUGAGCUGCUGUGAUUCGUGUCUGAAUUUAAGAUACACUCGGUGCUCAUAUACUGAAGACUGUGUUACUGAAGACAAUGUUUAGGUUAACUUAACUAUAAACUAAACUAUAUAAACAAUACAGUUAAACUAACAAGGAAAAUUUUAAAAGAUGCCAUCCUUUAGCUUUUAAACACUAUAAUUGAAAGCUUUCAGUAACAUUUGUGUAGACCAGGUUUUCAUAACUGGUAUGGUUGUAAAGUUGAAGAGUAUUUUUCACAUGUAGAAAGAGCAAAAGAGACAAUAUUUGGGUAAAGAGCAAACCUGAGUACCUGAACACAUAAAGAGGCUGAGGAAGGGGCUGUUACAGUGAAAUGCACUGUUGUGUGAACGAUCUGCUAUGUAAUUGUGUCCCUGGUGUCCUUUGUCAAAGGGCCUAAGUAGCACUAAUGGACAGAGUCAAAGUUGAAACCCUUCCAGGCUUUUUCUUUGGCUAUGGCCAGUAACAAGUCCCUGUAGAAUCGGUAUAUAAUUGUAGCAGAUAUAGAACGAUCUGUGUUGGUUUGUUAUAGAAUUGUUAAUGAACUUUUUGGGUCAAAGGCUGUGUUUAAAAUGUACUGCAUUUAAAGGCACUGCAGCUGCUGGCAUCACCAGGUCUGCUCAAAGUCACACUAAACCGGUGGAACGGGAAGCAUGAGAUGACGACAUACCUGGCAUUGUAACUGAGGACACAAAUAUCUCUUCCUUCUGCUGUGUGCUGUUACCGUUGUCUGUCAGUGGAUCUUGCACAAGUUGUUUAUCUGUUUCUGUUUGUAAUUUCAUGUCAGUUUUCCUGUCCCAAAACCAUUUAGGGCUAAAAUGCAUUUUCCUUUAUUUUAGGAAGAAUGAUUUCUGAUCCCAGCUGGGAACUCUAGGUUUUACUCUUGUAGGUGUGAUUUGUGUUUGAUUCACUACUAUGCUAGCUCUGCAAAAGGCACUUUGUUCCCCAUGUUGUAUAAAAGAAUAGCAAAUCACGCAGGGAAUUUGUGUAUUACUGAAUCCUUUUUAUUAUUACACAGUAUUCUACAGAGCAUACAUUUUGUGAAAUUAACAAAUACAUGUGCUGUUGUUCCUUUGAUUUGGUCUUUUAUUUCUUCUGAAACGAAUGUUUUUAGUUAAGAAAACUGAAGUUUCUUUUUUAGCACCUCAUGGACACAAAGUACCACAACCUUUACUGAUCUCUGGGACUUUUGUGAUUUUUUGUGUGUUGGUGUCUUGUUUGCUGCUUAAUUUGAAUUGAAUGGCACAAUCUUAAUCUUACUGCACAACUGAAGUUUUACCUCUUCUUUCAAUGUUCAAUGUGUUCUGCUUUUUGUGCUGAUGAAUUUUGUUAUUGAAGAUGUCUGUAAAAUAACUCUCCUUUCUCUGGCAAGGGGAGAAUUAUUAUUAUUGCAAGCAAAGUCCAGAACUGUACAAGCAGCCAAUACAGGAAAUAGUUGGACUUAAUAAAAGGAACAGUGAGAAAGAAAGGGAGGAAAAUAA